UCCCACACCACACCACACCACCACCACCUUUGCAUGUUCCAGAAUUCCCUGUGCCAUACAAAAAGUGAUCCACCUCCCUGCCAUCAACAAUUGCUUCAAACCCUCACAAAACAGAAAAACACCCUCUCUUUGUGAAAUUCUUAUUGGAGACGGAGUUCCAAAGAAUCCAAAAGUUCUAGAACUCAUUCAUUUAUAUACGUUUUUCAAUCCCAACAGUUGUGCUUUGGUCCACGUAACCAAUAUAUAUAUAUAUAUAUCCUUCCAUUCCCUUAGAUUUUGGGCUAUAAUGUUAUAUUAGUAGGGGUACUGGGAUUUGUGAAGCAAAAGGGCCAAGAAAAUUAUAAAGGGUGAUUGAUUAAAUUUAAAGGAAAAGAAUGAGUAUGAGGAACAUGGAGAAUCCGUUCAGAAGCAAAUCAACAUCAGGGAGAGAAGAAGAUGAGGAAGCUUUGCGUUGGGCAGCCAUUGAAAAACUUCCCACUUACAACCGCUUGAGGACUAGUAUUUUGCAAUCUGUGGUGGAACCUGGUGUCAACAACACUCAGCUUAUCAAUGUUUUGGAGCUCAAAGCCAAUGAUAAACAAAUGUUUGUUCAGAGGAAUUUCCAGGCUACCGAGGAAGACAAUGAGAAAUUCUUAAAGAAGCUCAGAGAACGAAUCGACAGGGUUGAGAUCUCACUUCCGAAAGUAGAAGUGAGAUUCGAACAUUUGGAUAUAGAGGCCGAUUGCCAUGUGGGUACCAGAGCUCUUCCGACUCUUCUAAACACUGCACGAAACAUAGCAGAAUCAACUUUGGCUCUCUGUGGUGUCGGAUUGGCCAAGAAAACUAAGCUCAAAAUACUCAAAGAUGUGUCUGGAAUUAUAAAACCUGCAAGGAUGGCCCUUUUGCUUGGCCCUCCAUCAUCUGGAAAGACCACUCUUUUAAUGGCGCUGGCUGGAUAUCUAGACUCAAAUUUAAAAAUGAAAGGCCGAAUCACUUACAAUGGUCAUUCGUUUGAAGAAUUUGUGCCCCGGAAGACAUCAGCCUAUAUUAGCCAAAAUGAUGUUCAUUUGGGAGAUUUAACUGUCAGAGAAACCUUUGACUAUGCAGCUAGUUUUCAAGGAGUUGGUUCUCGCUAUGAUUUAAUAUCUGAGAUUACAAGGAGAGAAAAACAUACCGGGGUCUUCCCUGAGGCCGAAGUUGACCUUUUCAUGAAGGCAACUGCAAUGGAGGAGGCUAGGUGCAGUCUAAUUACUGAUUACAUUCUCAAGCUCCUGGGUCUAGAUAUAUGCGAGGACACACUUGUUGGGGAUGAAAUGACACGUGGAAUUUCUGGUGGGCAGAAAAAGCGAGUGACAACAGGGGAGAUGAUUGUGGGACCUGCAAAAACUCUAUUCAUGGACGAGAUAUCAACAGGUCUAGACAGCUCCACAACAUAUCAAGUAGUGAAGUGCAUGCAGCAGAUUGCUCACCUCACUGAGUCCACCAUCUUCAUGUCCCUACUUCAGCCUGAUCCUGAGACGUUCAAUCUCUUUGAUGACAUAAUCCUCCUAUCAGAUGGUCAGAUCGUUUACCAGGGCCCACGGGACCAAGUUAUCCAAUUCUUCGAAAGCUGUGGUUUCAAAUGCCCUGAAAGAAAAGGCAUAGCUGACUUUCUUCAGGAGGUCACGUCAAAGAAGGAUCAAGAACAGUAUUGGGUACAUUUAGACAAGCCUUAUAGAUACAUAUCAGUGACAGAAUUUGUGGAGAGGUUUAAGGCAUUCCAUGUUGGUGUCCAACUUCAAAAUGAGCUAUCGGUUCCUUAUGACAAAUCUAAAUGCCAUAGAGCAGCCCUUGUUUUCUCAAAAUACUCGGUGUCAAAAAGGCAGCUUCUCAAGGUUUCCAUGGACAGGGAAUGGCUGUUGAUCAAGAGGAGCGCACCGGUUUACAUAUUCAAGGCAUCGCAGGUUGUUAUCGUUGCCAUUAUUGCAUCCACGGUGUUCCUGAGGACGACACUGGAUAUCACGUUUGAUGAUGGAGCUCUAUAUGUGGGUGCAAUUGUAUUUGAAAUGAUCACCAACAUGUUCAAUGGCUUUGCGGAGCUGUCUAUAGCAAUCGCGAGACUCCCUGUGUUUUACAAGCACAGAGAUCUCUUGUUCUAUCCUGCAUGGGCAUUCACACUCCCGAAUUUCUUGUUACGAGUUCCAAUUUCGGUGUUGGAGUCUAUAGUUUGGACGGCCAUGACAUAUUACACUAUAGGGUUUUCACCAGAAUCCAGCAGGUUUUUCAAGCAUUUGUUGGUUGUGUUUUUGGUGCAACAAAUGGCUGCUGGGAUGUUCAGGCUUAUGGCUGGGGUGUGCAGAACUAUGCUAAUUGCGAACACAGGGGGUGCUCUUUCUCUGCUUCUCUUGUUCCUGCUUGGAGGUUUUAUCCUUCCACGUGGAGAAAUUCCAGUUUGGUGGUCAUGGGGAUAUUGGGUUUCCCCACUUUCCUAUGCUUAUAAGGCUUUUACUAUCACUGAGAUGCUUGCUCCUAGAUGGAUGGACAAAUUGGCACCAGGAAAUACUACACGGUUGGGCUUGGCAUUGCUGGACAACUUUAAUGUACCCCACACAGCAAACUGGUAUUGGUUCAGUGUCUUAGCCCUUUGUGGGUACAUCAUUCUCUUCAAUGUCUUGUUCACCUUCUCACUCAUGUACCUAGAUGCUUUUGGUAAAAAACAAGCAACAGUAUCCGAAGAUGGAAUACUGGACGAAACAGUGGAAGCGAAAAGGCCUACCAGUGGCCAGCAAAAUAUAACCAGCAAUGAAUCCAAUACUAAUGCUGGCAACGGUGGAAUGGUUCUUCCAUUUACACCUCUAGCAAUGUCUUUUGACAGCAUAAACUACUAUGUGGACAUGCCAGCUGAAAUGAAGGCACAAGGAGUGACGGAAAACAGGCUUCAGUUGCUUAGGGAAGUGACUGGAUCAUUUAGACCAGGAGUCCUGACUGCUUUAAUGGGAGUCAGCGGGGCAGGGAAGACAACGCUCAUGGAUGUUUUAGCCGGAAGGAAAACAGGAGGUUACAUUGAAGGUGAUGUAAGAAUCUCAGGGUUCCCCAAGAAGCAAGAAACAUUUGCAAGAAUUUCAGGUUACUGUGAGCAGACUGAUAUUCACUCCCCUCAAGUUACGGUCGAAGAGUCCUUAAUCUACUCGGCCUUUCUAAGACUCCCCAAAGAAGUCAGUGACAAAGAAAAGAUGAUGUUUGUGAAUGAAGUUAUGGAUUUAGUAGAGCUUAAGAGUCUCAAGGAUGCCAUAAUUGGGCUUCCAGGAAUUUCGGGGUUGUCCACCGAACAAAGGAAGAGGUUAACAAUAGCAGUGGAGCUUGUUUCUAAUCCUUCAAUCAUCUUCAUGGAUGAACCAACUUCGGGUCUUGAUGCAAGGGCAGCUGCCAUUGUUAUGAGGACCGUAAGAAACACUGUGGACACUGGAAGAACGGUUGUCUGCACUAUUCAUCAGCCUAGCAUUGAUAUCUUUGAAGCCUUUGAUGAGUUGCUUCUGAUGAAGAGAGGAGGACAAGUGAUCUAUUCUGGACCAUUGGGCCAGCAUUCUCACAAAAUUGUUGAAUAUUUUGAGGCUGUUCCUGGAGUAACCAAAAUCAAAGACAAACAAAAUCCAGCAGCCUGGAUGCUUGAUGCAAGUUCAGCUGCUGGUGAAGUUCGACUUGGAAUUGAUUUUGCUGAACAUUACAAGUCAUCAUCCUUGUAUCAACAAACCAAAGCUCUAGUUAAAGAAUUGAGUACCCCACCGGAAGGUGCCAAAGAUCUCCAUUUUGAUACACAAUUCUCUCAGUCAACAUGGGGGCAAUUCAAAUACUGCUUAUGGAAGAAAUGGUGGACUUACUGGAGAAGUCCUGAUUAUAACCUGGUUCGCAUGUUCUUCACCUUUGCGGCUGCUAUUGUGCUUGGCACAAUCUUCUGGCAGGUUGGCACCAAAAGGGAGAGCUCUAUUGAUCUCACUAUGGUCAUUGGAGCCAUGUAUGUAGCGGUAGUGUUCGUUGGAAUCAACAACUGCUCCACUGUACAACCAAUUGUGGCUGUUGAGAGAACAGUUUUCUAUAGAGAAAGGGCUGCUGGAAUGUAUUCUGUCCUCCCUUAUGCCAUAGCACAGGUGAUUGUUGAGAUACCAUAUGUGUUUGUUCAGACAACAUUCUAUUCCCUGAUAGUAUUUGCAAUGAUGAGCUUCCAAUGGACUGCGGCGAAUUUCUUCUGGUUUUUCUUCAUCAGCUUCUUCACCUUCCUCUACUUCACAUACUAUGGAAUGAUGACUGUAUCACUCACACCAAAUCACCAAGCAGCAGCUAUUUAUGCUUCAGCAUUUUAUGCUCUCUUUACCCUCUUUUCUGGGUUUUUCAUUCCCAAACCACUAAUUCCCAAGUGGUGGACAUGGUACUACUAUAUUUGCCCAGUGGCAUGGACAGUUUAUGGUCUGAUAGUGACACAGUAUGGAAAUAUUGAAGACACAAUAAAAGUAGCAGGGGUUACACCAGACCCAACCAUCAAAUGGUAUGUGCAAAACCAUUUUGGGUAUGACCUAGAUUUCGAGUCUGAAACUGCUGUAAUCUUGGUUGUUUUUGCCGUCUUCUUCGCCCUCAUGUUUGCUGUGUGCCUCAAGGUGUUGAAUUUCCAAACGAGGUAGUUGAAGAUUCAAUUGAGAAUGAGAACCACAAAAUGUAAACCAACUUCAUGAAUCAUCAAGAAAAUGUGCGCCAAGCACUGAGGCACAAGUGGUUAUUAUACUUAAAUCGUAUCGUUGUUAGAUUAGGAGAUUAGUAUUGACUAUAUUUUUAUCCAUUUAUUUUUUCCAUCUAAUUUACCAUGAAUAGCAUUAAUAUGAGCUUCUUCUUUUUCUUUU